AUGAAUAAUUUUUUAAGAAAAAAUAAAGAAAAUUCAACUUAUAAAAAUAUUAAUUACGUUGAUAUCAUUAGACAUAAUUUAAAAAAAAAUGAUGAAAAUAACAUUUUAAAUGAACCGUAUUUAUGGAAAAAUAAAAUUGAGUUAAGAAGAAAUCUGGAAUAUAUAGAAAAAGAAAAAAGAACUUUUAAAAAAGAUACAAAGAAAAAUAAUUAUAAGGAUAGUGAGUUAAAAGAAAAUUGCAAUAAAUGUUUUUUGAAAAGAAUAGAAAGAGAAGCAGUUACAAAAAAGGUUAGCAUAAAAUUGGAUAUUUUUAAUAAAAGUAUAAUAUUUGAUAUAGCUAGUAACUUAUGGGAUAUACUAAACGUUGAAGGAGAAAACUCAAUAGACUUAUUUAACGAUAAAAUUUAUAGUGAUUUAACAGAAAAAGGAAAAAAAAAAAUUCAGAAUUAUAUUUUACCACAUUUUAUUUCAUAUUCAGAAAAUAUUAGUGAAAUACAAAAUGUUUUUUUUGAAAAAAAUAUAAAUUUAAAAAAUAAAACUGAUAAAAACAUAAAUGAAUUAAAAAGAAUAGCAAAUGAAAAUAAUUUAUGCUUAUUAAUAAAUUAUGAUAAAGAAAACAAGUUAUCAGGUGAAAGGCAUAUGCUUAUAACAUCGAAAAAAGCAUUUUUUAAAAUAAUAAGGGAAAUCAUAAUAAAUGAAAAUUUAUUGAAUUCUAAUAAUGAUAAUAUUAUUUUAAAGUCUAUUUUGCAAAUAUUGGAAAAUAAAGAAAGAAUUUUAAAUAAAGAAGAAAAAUUUCUUUUCAGAGCUUCUAAUUUAGAUAACUCAAAUAUAUAUCUAAGAAAACUAAAUAAUUUAAAUAAAGUGAAUUACAGGGUAAAAAGAAGUUUUCCAGAAAAAAAAAAAAAUAAUCCAUUACUAAAAGAGGAUUAUGAAAUUAUACGAAAAGAAAAUGUAAUUAAUGAUAUAAUACAUAAUAGUAUAAUGCAAUUGUCAAAAAAUCCUAGAAUAAAAGACAUUAUAGAUGAUAAAGAAAAUAAUACUAGUUUAUUAAAAUAUAAAAAUACAACAAAAAAGAACAGGCAAUAUUCAAAAAAAAAUAAAAAAAAAGAAGUUUGUGAUCCAUUACAUAUUUUAAAAGUAUUUUUAAAAAAGGAUUAUAAUAUAUUAGAUUACAAGGACUUUUUAGACGAGUUAAGAUCAUGCACUUUUCAACCUAAUAUUCAUAAAUAUAUAGAGGAAGAAAAAAAUAAUAUAAAGUUGAAAAAGUUUGAAAGAAAAGAAAAAGACAAUGAGGAAGGUGAAGAAGAAGAAAACGAAGAAGAAAUAAAAAUGAUGUUAAAAAAUGAUAAUACUAUAAGUAGUCAACUUGCCAAAUAUAUAUGUAAAGCCACAAAUGAUCCUUAUAAUAUAAAAAACAUAAGUAUUAUGAAAUAUUUAAAAUUAUUUGAUUCAUAUUAUAAUAAUAUGGAUAAAAAUAGCAUAAGUAAAACAAAAUAUUACGACGAUCCCACACAUAGAACAAGUAGAAAGAACUUUCGUAGUGUUAAUAGCUGUAAUUUAAAUAUCAUAAAAACGAGAGGGAAAAAAAAAACAGAAAAUAUUAGUUGUAAAAAUGCAUGGGUAAAUGGAUUAAGAGGAGGAUACAUAAAAAGUUACUUUGAUUUUUCAUUAAAUGAUAAAAGUGAAAAAGAAUACGAACUAAAAAAGGAACAUAAAAUAAAACAAAUUGAUUGGGGUGAAAAAAUUCGAUUAAAUGGAAGGAGACUAAAAACAAAAGUUAUACCCAAUUUAGAUUUAGUAGAUAAAAUUAUAAAGAAUAAUAAAGCAUACACUGAAGAACCUCCUACGAUCAUCGUAAAAAAAAAAUUUUCUGAAUGUAAAUGUAAAAAUGAAAAAAAUAAACAAUCAUUAAUGCAUAAAAAAAAUCAAAAUAACAAUGAUUGCUUAAAAGAAACGGUUUUUAAUUUACAAACAUCUAUAGAAACUUACAAACUUAACAGAUCCCUUAGAAUUAAAAAUGAACUUGAUAAUUUAGGUAAAUUAACUUCUUUUGCUCCUCCUAAAGUAAUUGCUGUUAAAUCAGAUAACACUUUAGAAGAUAUAAAGCGAGAACUUUUAUCAUUACCAGAAUCAGUUCAUUUCAUAAGUAAAUUUAAUUUCCUUCAGAAAAAAAAUUAA